AUGGACUUCUUCGACUUUCCUUUAGAGAUCCGUCUUAAAAUCUACUCGGAAAUCCUUGUCCAGGACGAGUCUGUAGAUUUUGAAACGGAUCACGGCCCUUGCAAUCUUCGCCUCGUUCGGCUCCAGCAGGCAGGUUUCUCCCCGGCGGUUCUCCGUGUCAACAAGAAAAUCAACGCCGAGGCUAUACCACUUCUCUAUUCCAAAAACCGUUUUCGUUUUCCCGAUGCGUAUAUUUCCGAAAGUUAUGACCAAGAUGUGCCGUAUGUUGCUCCAUUCCUGCGACAAAUUGGUUCCAACGCGAACCUUUUGCGUCAUAUCUGCAUCAACUUCCGUGUUCCACUCGUCUCUUGUUGGACACCAACUCUGCAUAAGGAUAUUAUUCAAACUUUUGAACUCAUCCGGGAAAAAUGCACAAACUUUUAA